CCCCCAGCUCUCGGGACAAACAGAAAAAUAGGCACAGCAAGCAGCACUAGCUAGCUUUUUCCUCCUCUGAAACAGACCAAGUCACGUUCGAGGGCUUGUGAUACUUCUACUCAGGAGGAGGAGAUGAUGGCGAUGGCAACUUUAACAAGCUCGCAUGACGUCUGGAUGUUCGAGCGACUGUUCCAGGACCAGUAGAGUAAGAUGCCUCGGGACAGUCUGAUCAUCUCUGAGAAUGACAUUGACACUGGACUGGAUUUUGCAGGUGAAAAGGAUGAGGACUUGUUUUUGCAAGAGGAACAUAAGAGUAAAAGACACAGAAUAAAAAGAAGAGAUGAUGACAGACAGAAAAGGAAGAGAGGAAAUGAGAGGAGAAAAGCGGGAACAAGAGCAGGAGAUGGGGAAGAAGUUUUAUGGGGGGUAGCUGAGAAAAGAGAAAGAAGCAAGAGAAAAAGACAGAAGAAUAAACAAGAAACCAGUAGAAGAGAGAAGAAUGAGGAGGAAGAAGUCCAAGUGACAAGUGGCAAGGCAGCAAAGGCAAGAAAGAAUAUAAAAAAUGAAAAAACACGCAGAAUGGAAAAGAAGGAAGUUGAAGAAAAUAUUGAAAAGGGAAAAAAGAAAUAUGGAAGUGCCAAAAUAGGGGAGGUUAAAGAGGAUGGAGGUAAACAACUGGAAAAAGCGCAGGAAGUGAAAAAGAAAAAGCACAAGAAGGUUGAAACCAGUUCAGAGCUGGAGACGAGCGAAGAGGAUGACGAUGAAGAGGAGGACACUGAGAAGGAUGAGGUGAGGCCAGAGUGUCUGUCCCCAGAGGAGCUGGAAAAGCUGAAGGAGGCGGUGGAUGAGAGGAAGAAACUGAUCCAAGGUCUAAGGGGAAAACCCUGGUCAAUGAAAAAGAAACUUGUCACUUUGCGGGAGUCUCAGGAGUUUGUGGAAAAAUAUGAAGGGGCCUUGGGAAAAGGGAAAGGCAGGAAGCUCUAUGCAUACAAAGUCAUGAUGACCAAGAAAUGGAUGAAAUUCCAACGGGACUUUGAAAACUUCAAAACUGCAUGCAUCCCAUGGGAGAUGAAAAUAAAGGAGAUUGAAAGUCAUUUUGGCUCCUCAGUCGCCUCAUACUUCAUCUUCCUGAGGUGGAUGUAUGGCAUCAACAUGAUCUUGUUUUGCCUGACCUUCGGCCUGGUUAUGGUACCGGAGGCAUUAAUGGGCCGACCAUAUGGCAGCAUCCCAAGAAAGACGGUCCCCAGAGCUGAGGAGGCCAGCGCCAUGGACUUUGCUGUUCUCUGGGACUUUGGGGGUUACGCACAGUACUCAGUCCUCUUCUAUGGCUUCUACAACAACCAGCGCACCAUUGGUUGGCUCAAGUUUCGUAUGCCUCUGUCUUACUUCCUGGUUGGUGUGGGUACAGUGGCCUACAGCUAUAUGGUGGUCAUUAGAACGAUGGCUCGUAAUGCAAAUGAGUCAGGGGUCGGCGAUGAUAACAGCUUCAAUUUCAGCUGGAAAAUGUUCACAAGCUGGGACUACCUGAUAGGAAAUGCUGAAACAGCAGACAAUAAAUUUGCUUCCAUCACCACCAGCUUCAAGGAAGCAAUCUUGGAGGAGCAAGAGAGCCACAAGGAUGACAACAUCCAUCUGACUCGUUUCUUGCGGGUGCUGGCCAACUUCCUGGUCUUGUGCUGCCUAGCAGGAAGUGGAUACCUCAUCUACUUUGUAGUGCGCCGUUCUCAGAAGUUUGCCUUAGAUGGACUGGAGAAUCACACGUGGUGGGAAAGGAAUGAGGUGAACAUGGUCAUGUCAUUAUUGGGAAUGUUCUGCCCCAUGCUGUUUGACGUAAUCAGCACCCUGGAGAACUACCACCCCCGUGUCGCCCUACAGUGGCAGCUCGGUCGGAUCUUUGCCCUCUUCUUGGGAAAUCUCUACACCUUUAUCAUUGCACUCAUGGAUGAGAUCAACCUUAAAAGGAAAGAGGAAAAUACAGUGAAGUUUAAUAUAACCAUGUGGGAGGCCAGUCUUUACAAUGGCACAGUAUCAGAAAACAGCACUGCCCCACCCAUCACUAUCCAACCUGCUGAUGUGCCCAGAGGGCCCUGCUGGGAGACAAUGGUAGGACAGGAGUUUGUCCGCCUGAUCAUAUCUGACACCAUGACAACCUACAUCACAUUGCUGAUUGGUGAUUUCCUGAGAGCAGUUCUUGUUCGUUUUCUCAACUACUGCUGGUGCUGGGACCUAGAGGCAGGGUUUCCAUCCUACUCUGAGUUUGACGUCAGUGGGAACGUCCUGGGCUUGAUCUUUAAUCAAGGAAUGAUAUGGAUGGGUUCGUUCUAUGCACCAUGUCUGCCUGCCCUGAACGUCAUCCGGCUCCAUGUCUCCAUGUACCUGCAGUGCUGGGCUGUUAUGUGCUGUAAUGUGCCACAAGAAAGGGUCUUCAAAGCUUCUGGCUCCAACAACUUCUACAUGGCCAUGUUGCUGGUCAUCCUCUUUCUGUCCACUCUGCCUGCCAUCUACACUAUUGUCUCCAUCCCACCUUCAUUUGACUGUGGACCCUUCAGUGGCAAGAACCGUAUGUUUGAUGUGAUCCAUGAGACUCUGGAGUCUGACUUCCCUGCCUGGUUUAGUAAAGUGUUCAGCUACGCCUCUAACCCUGGGCUGGUGCUACCUUUCAUACUGCUUAUGGUACUGGCCAUUUAUUACUUGCAAUCGACAUCCAAAAGCUACAGGGAAGCAAAUGUCGAGCUGAAGAAAAAACUACAAAUGCAAAAUGAAGAGAACAAGAAGAAGAACAAACAAGCAGCACUGAAGGCUCAAAUGGAUCUAGAGGCCAGACAAACUGCACAAGCUGCAGAGCAACAAAGGAACAACAAUGCUUCACUGCAGGAUCAAGAGGAAAUCGUAGAUUCCUCUUAUUUUGGUCCAGACAUCCAUGGCAGCAGUCAGAGGCCAUAUCAGGAAAAGCACGGACGCAUUCCUCCUCCUCCUGUUGGAAGCCAAGGACACCAAAUGCCAGCCACCAGAGACCCCGGAUCUAGGACCAACAACCAUGGCAACCACAGGCCUUCUGGAUACCUGCCUGGUUUCACUCAGCAAAGUGAGCCUAGGCUGUCCAGGGUGCCGAGCCUGCAGAGAAACUGACUCUGUGACACAAAGCAAUAAUGACAAAACCAAGCACAUUACUGAGAAAUUCAUGCUAUAGAUGUAGACUGUCAACUGAGAGGAAUGAACAUCUUGGACUGAUGUAAAUUGGUGCACAUUAUUCACCUUCUCAUGAAUAAAGUUUUUUCUUUACAGCGUGCGUACAUGAUCAAACGAU